GUCAAUAAAGUCAAAGUAGUCAACCAUCAUAUGACAUUCUAUAUGGUGUUUAAAUGCAAAGGGUAAUUUGCAGGUGGUUUUUACAAGAAAUGGCCACGUAAAAUAUAAAAUGCGCGAGUCCUCAAAUAUGUUAGUAAUAAUGUCAUACGUUUUAUACAUUCUUAUUCUACGGUAAUAUUUAUCGAUAUAGUAAAUUAUCAAAAUGGAUUUUUAUUCGCUGGUUCCUGAAGGUAGCGAUGACAAUAAAAUAAUAAGGACCAUAGAAUGGGAUAUGAUGGACAAAACGAAAUUUUUCCCAUUAUCCAUGCUGAGUUCAUUUAGCGUUAGAUGUGCACUUUAUCCUUUAACAUUAAUAAAAACUAGGUUACAAAUUCAAAAGCACAAUGAUUUAUACACGGGUAUAUUUGACGCCUACGGUAAAAUAUAUAGGUAUGAAGGAUUUUCUGGUCUAUAUAGGGGAUUUUGGGUAUCUUCUGUACAAAUUGUUAGUGGUGUAUUUUAUAUCUCAACCUAUGAAGGAGUGAGACAUAUUUUACACAAGAAAAAAGUACAUUCUAGUUUAAGAGCCCUUAUAGCUGGAGGAUGCGCCUCAUUAGUUGGUCAAACUAUUAUAGUACCUUUUGAUGUACUUAGUCAACAUCUAAUGAUGAUGGGAGUUAACGGUAGAGAGGAAAAAGCUUUUAACCAUUUGGGAAUAAAAAUUCAAUCAAAUAAAAGUAAAUUUGCUUUAACAAUAGAUGUAAUGAAACACAUAUUUAAAAUGGAUGGUAUUGCUGGUUUUUAUAGGGGCUAUUGGGCAAGUUUAUCUGCCUAUGUUCCAAACUCAGCUUUAUGGUGGGGAUUCUACCACUUUUAUCAAGACCAAUUAUUUUAUGUACUGCCCAGUUGGUUCUCCCAUCUCCUCCUUCAAAGUAUCUCCGGAACAUUAGGUGGAUUUACUACAACAGUUUUAACGAAUCCAUUAGAUGUAGUUAGAGCAAGGUUACAAGUCCAAAGAAUAGGUUCAAUGCGCACAGCAUUUAGAGAUUUAUGGGUAGAAGAAGGUCUCAAUAUGUUCACCAAAGGUCUAAGUGCAAGACUUAUACAAUCGGCCACGUUUAGUUUUAGUAUAAUAGUUGGUUAUGAAACAAUUAAAAGAAUAUCAGUUAAUGAAGAAUAUAAACAAUUUGUUAAAUGGUGAUAACUAUCUAUUAAUAGUGUAGGUAAUUAUAUUUUUUUAAAUUUUAUUUUAUUAUUGUGGUGUGUCCUUCAAAUUGUAGUUUAUUAUUAACGACAAAAAUUAAGAACAAUAAUAUAAUGAAGUAGUUUUAAUCUUUAUUUGUUACCAUGAAUCUGGAAGUAGGAAAUUUUAUGAAUCUAUAUAAUGUAGGGGAUGAUUUAUAGUCGGCAAAGGGGAGGAAUCUAAAUUGAUUGUAGAAUCUGCCACCACAGUAUGUAUUAUGUAAGCUGUGAAAUACUACAGCUUGAAGUUCGAGAUUUCCUGUGGAACCUGUAGCAAGAGAGUUUACUUUACGACUCCAAACACUCAAUUGAUAAUUUGGUUUCGAAAUCUAGCUUUGCAUUCAAAUGACCCAGAGCAAUAGGGUUAAACUCAUGUUGAAUCUCUUUUCGAAUUGCUUUACUUACAAAUCAAAUUGAGCCACUGUGGAGCUUGGGCCCCACAUUAGGAAACACUGAUCUAGAGCCUUUUUUAUCUAUCUCAUCGGAUCCAAAGGUCGUCUAGUAUCAUUUGGAGAAUGGUAUCGUUGGUUGGUAGUCUAGUAUUUCAAAAUUGAGCAUUAUAAGUAACUUUAAACAGCAGAAAAAUUACUAUAAAAUGUUUCUUAUUGGUAUCGACGAAUAAUAUGUUAUAUAACUUAUUUAGGAGGAAACAUAUUUGUUUAAAAAAAAAUUUCGUAAUUCAUGGAGGGGAAUCUUAUUAGCAGGCCAGAGUUUAUUUUCGUGAACGUUUAUAAAUUAUCUACUUUCUAAGCAUCAAAAAUGAUGACUGUUUAUUGCAGUACAAUUUUUUUAUCAUUACAUGAAUAUUUUUUUAGUUUUAGAUAAUUACCAGGCUGUGUAUCUUCAAAAAUAUACUGUGCCGAAUUUAUUUUAUUGUUAAAUUUGAUUUUAUCUUAUAUUACCAUUAAAUUUAUAGUUUAUUUAUUGAACAUUUGUAUAUAUAAAGUAUUUAUUACAUUAUAAAAUGUUAGAAUUGUUAUUUAUUAAUAAAGUACCUAUUAUCUA